UGAUUUUACUGUUUGGUUUUUCUUCAGCUUUGGGCACAUUUUUCAUGAUUUUUAUCACGGCUUUUGCUGGCAAUAGCCCAUAACUGUUUAAUUCAAUUAAUCUUUGACAUUGUUUAGUGUUUUUAGUGGCAUAUGUUGGCUAAAACCUAGCAGUACUGUAUUGGUUAGCAGUACUAUGUACGGUUGCCAAGUAAGUUUUUCUUUUUUUGUGGUGGGAUUGUACAAAUUAGCCAAUAGUCCAGAAAAGGUAAUAUGACUGAACCUUUUCUGUUUUUGUAUUGGUAAUGGUAAGUGAUGUUGAAAUGUACCCUUCUGUCUACACCCCAAUCAUGAACUUGUUUUCUGUAUCUCAAUGUUUUUGUGUGCUUUAUAGCGAAGCAGCCGGCGCGAGUCGCUUGUUCAUAAAACAUCUAUUGAAAGUUGAGAGCACAUCCCACGGGACAACCGGCUGUGCUUGCUUACGUUUGGUUCAUGACUUAAAAAACAAGUACAGGAGUCAUUCCUGAUGAAUCUAAAGCUAUGUCGCUGCUGGCUCCAGCCAAUGCCGUGGCAGGAAUGAUGCCAGGGGGAGGCCUUCUUCCAACACCCAAUCCUUUGGCGUCGAUGGGAGGAACACCAUUCGGAGGUCUUGGAGCUCCCAACAUGGAGCAGAUGGCUGCCAUGGGAAUGCCAGGACCUAACAUGAACCCCCAAGCGCUUUCUGCAGACUUCUUGAAGCUCAUGCAGUCCAUGGACCCCAAAUUGAAUCCAUUAGCGGCCGGACUCAACUUGAAUCCAGGAUUGAAGACCGACGCCUCCAACAAGGAGAUUGAAGAGGCCAUGAAGAGAGUCCGAGAGGCCCAGUCGCUCAUUUCUGCAGCCAUUGAACCUGGAAAUAAGAAAGACGACAAGCGCAAACAUUCCCGAUCUCGUUCACGGUCUCGACGCAGACGCUCCAGAUCUCGCUCAAGACACAGGCGAUCAAAAAGCAGGUCUCGGCGGAGGUCCCAUUCCAGGAGUAGGAGGAGGUCCAAGAGCCCACGAAGGAGGAGGUCCCACUCCCGAGAUAGAAGCCGCCGCAGCAGAUCUAGGGACAGGAGAAAGGAAGAAAAGUCUAAGAAAAGGUCAAAGACGCCUCCCAAGAGCUACAGCAGCGCCAGGAGGUCUCGAAGCAUUAGCCGGAGGCACAGGCGAAGCCGCAGUGCUUCUCGGUCCCCCAGGAGGAAGGUGUCUAGGUCUCCAUCGCCCAGACGCCACAAGAAGGAGAAAAAGAAGGACAAGGAACGGGAAAAGGACCGUGAUAGAGAGAGGAGGGAGGACAGGGACCGGAGCAGAGACGAGAGAGAACGCUCCACCAGCAAGAAAAAAAAGAGCAAAGACAAAGAACGAGAACGCGAUCGCAAGUCUGACAGUGAGAAAGGAGAUGUGAAGGUUCGUUCAGUCUUUGAACACGACCCAGUGACCCGGGAUUACGAUGAGGAGGAACAAGGUUAUGACAGCGAAAAAGAAGGAGAGGAGGAAGAUGACGAGAGGAAGAGCGACUCUGACUCUGCCUCGUCCCCCAAAGGCCAGGAGGAGAUGGAGAGAGCCGAGGGCCAAAUCCCCAAAAAGUCCAAACUGAAUGGAGACGACCACCAUCAGGAAGACAUGGAGAUGAGCGAUUAAGAACAUCCCGAACCAGAAGCGUUAUCUUUCCACUGUUCUCUUUUAUAUUUUUAAUAUAGGCCACAAAAUGUCUGUGCCUGAUCACUCAAAGUAAAAAAAAAAAGAUUUGUUGUCUUAACUGUAGAAAUGUGGGGGGGAGGGGGGUGUAGAAGGAAAGCAGUCCAGUAAUUUUUGUAAAGAUGUGACGAAACAAGGACUAAAAUAUGAGUAACAUGAGAUAUGGUUUUAAAUUGUCAUUGCUGUACUUUUUUUUUUUUUUUUAAGAUCCUCAUUUUCUUUUUGUUGCCUUUGUGUUCAAAUGUUAUUUUCCUGACCGUAGAAUACGCAGCAGUUUCCAAUGAAAUGCUGUCUUUGUAAAUAUUUUACUGGUCAGGAUCGAGUCCUUUCCUCACUCAGACUGUCACCGCCCAACACCAGCUUCAUGUUUAUUUUUGUUAGGUUGCUGAAACAGUUGUCCUGCACCCAGUUGUGUUGCAGCUGUCCUUCCUACUUACAACCCUUUGUAAGUGUACACUGUAGAUUGAGAUGUGUUGUUGCAAUGCUUUGUCUGCAAUAGGUUUUCCAAAGGAAACUAAUAAAAUUGGGUCAAACUGUC